UUCAAUAAUAUUUGUGUGAAACUUUGAAGCAAAAUUUAUGAAAAAACUGUUUUCAUGUUUAAUCUUACUUUAACUGUUCAAAAUGAGGGACUCUCCUUACUUGACUUGUUUGAUUCUGUAUAUAUUUUCUUUCCAAAUUAUUGUUACAAAUUCUCGUACUUCCAAUAUUUGGAAACUAAAUGCCGAUGAAGAUUUAAUUGUUGAUGGAUCCGGCUUACCACAGGAUGACUCUGACAAGUCUAAAAUGACUGAAGAAGACUCUAUUUUCAAUAUCAUAACAUCAACUGUUUACUAUGGGAAUACUUGGACUAGGCAUGGCUUUGAUAUGUUCUGCACAGACUGUCAGAUGUACGAACAACAAAGAGCUGGAAGUGAGAACAAUGAAGAAAGCACCCCCACUGAGACAAAUGGUGACUUGGACGAUGAAUAUUUAGACUGCGGGAAAGCUGUAAACUUCACUUACUAUGAUAACUUAGUCGGAGUGGCAAGACGCCACAGACAUCCUAAUGUACCUGAGCCACAAGUUGCGCUUAUAUUUACUAAGAAAAAGUCAUACAAAAAUGGUGUAACAGAACUAGACAUAAAUGCGUUGGAGAAACGCUUGAAGAAAGCGAAAAGAGAGAAACCAAAGUCAGUUCAGCUUUACAACCAGAUUGGUAACUUCUGGAGAAUCAAAGGGGACACCAGACAAUCUAUAGAGUGCUUCAGACGCGCGUUAGCUGUCUCCCCAUACAAUGCCGAGGUUCUCCUAAACCUGGCGCGGGUACUCUUCACCCUGCAGUACUUAGACGACGCGAUCUACCUAACGCGCCGUUCCUUGGAGGUCCAGCCGCCAGAUCGCAGCGCGUGGCAACAGUACUUCACGCUUGGGGAGAUAUUCAAGGCAUAUGGGCACUAUCAGGAAGCAGCAGUACACUUGCGGCACGCGUUGGACUUGAGGCCAGACUUCGAGCCAGCGCUCGCCGCGCUGAAAGACAUCGAGAACAUACCGGAGGCGACGGUGCAUGUUUACACGCUGCUUAUCAUCGUCUGUUUGGUGAUGGGAGUACUCCUAGUCAUCCUAUCGUCAGUCGACAACAACAGCGAUGUCGAGGAACACAAAACGCAACGCCACUUCAACCGUGCGAUGGCGAUGCGGUCGCUGCGAGGCGUCGCGUUGCCUGGAUCCCGCGGCCGCAAGAAAGGCGGCAACUGAACGCUCCAAGCCGCCUGAGUUUUCGAUCUCUGCAAGUACCUAAACUGUUCUAAAUUCGAAACGGGAACGCUUGAAUGGGAAUGCGACUGUCGAAUGUUUUCAAACUGGCCAUUUUAGUAUUUUUUCGAAAUUGAGUAGGGUGUUGCGUUGUAAUUUGUUUUUUUUUUUCUAUUCAUUUCGAUUUGGCCAAACUCACAAAAAUCAGGAGUGGACCUACUUGAACGCACAAUCACCUAUUUUUUCAUCAGUUUUUAAAACCUUGGAUUCUUCUCAGGACAGUCGCUAUGGUUUGAGUGUUUAGCAUUUUUUGUCAUAUCAAAUAUUUUCAUUUCUAAUUUAACCUACCGAUUUUUUUUUUAAUUGAUUGCAAGAAAUUCGUUCACCAUUCAAGCAGUUUCACUUAAAACAUGAUUUUCUUCGAGUGUACUUUAACGUAAAUCUAGGCGCUAACAAUGACUCAGGUUUGUUUUUAUUAAAACUUAUUUUGUUUAUUUAUAAGAUGUUAACGUAAACAUUAUUGUUUAUCGUAAGAGAUUUUAAACUCAGGCACGAUAGAUAUGAACAACAAACUUUAUCGCUUGAAAAUGCAAAUUACGCGUACCAAAUACAUCUAAAGGUUUUCGUGUAUUCGCUAUUGAUGCCUGUGGAUUAAGUUGUGGUACUAUUCCGAUAUUUUUUAUUUUAACUCAAACUUUAUAUUAAUUCAGUUGUUAUUGCAGUGAGUAGCUUAAUGCCAAAUUUUGGAUUUUUGACAGCUGUCAAAAUUAACACAGAUAAGAAAACACAAACUGUCAACUUUUAUACCUACAUAACUUUUGAUUCAAGCUGUAGUAUGAAUUCUUCUCCACUUCUUAAAAACAUCGCAUAUUGCAGCAUGCCUAUAACCGAUUAUGACGCAAUCAUGUUGGUUUUUGUAGUACCUUGAAUAGAAUUAUUGAUUCACAUCCGUGUGCCACUUCACAAACGCAUUAAUACCUGUCACAUUCGCUUUGAAUGUAUUUUGUAUUGAGCUGUGGCUUUCAUGAAUAAAAAUGUUUAUCAACCUUCCGUAAAACUAUACUCGUAUUGUUUGUGAAAUGUGUGUACCUAUGUGCUUUUAAACUUUUUACUGAUACAUUUUAAAAUAGUCAAGUUUUAUCUAUGCGGGCGAAGCAGCCAGACACCGCUAGUUAUUAAUUAUUCCGUCCUUUGUUUAAAGAUUUGCCUGAUUAGGGAGUAAUGUCAAAUGUGCUCAAUCCUUUUUCUUUUGACAUUUCCAAGCUAUGGACAAAUCUUGCCCCCCUUGACAAGUGGCAAAACGUGACAGUUGUAAUGUCGAAAGGUCUCAGCUCCGGCGCUUGUUUGUAUGAAGUUACAUCGCUCCGUGAAUGGAUUCGAUUUUCGAUCGCAUCAAAAAGUGCCACUUGUCUAGACGGUUGUGUUGGAAAAUUCAAAAAUAUCGGAACGGUACCACCUAUAUGAGGCUAAUGUACAAAUAUUGUUUGUGUAAAAGUGACCACAUUCGGUCUUGCCAUGUCUUAUUUGAUCUCCGCUUUGUAGUCUUCUUCACCUCAAUCGUGAUAGUCGUAAAUGUAUGUGGUUCCUUUAGCAGUUGAGAAAUUAAAAAAAGGCUUUCAAAUAUAUUUACAAUUUUAAAAAUGAUCUACAAUAAAAGUAAUUCAUUCCGUUCCUGUUUUGUGUAUUCGUAGUUAAUAUAAGAUUUAUCUAAUUUUAACUGAAAGUGCUUCUUAAGAAAUUAGAAGGGAAACACAGAGAUUAAUACUACGUAUGUCGGUAGUGUCAUAGUAAAAAUAUAAUGGUACUAUGCUAAAAGCCGUUUGAGACAAAUAAAUCAUCAAUAUUGAAUAUUACUUCUGCGUACAUCGCUACAUUAAAUGGCAGUUCGCGCCAGAGUCAUAGGAGGCCGAGACGGGAGUUACCGCCCGAACCACCAUGCGUUUGACUCGAAAUAAUGGUGCGAGUGGUUAUCUGAGAAAAAAGGUUUCGAGCCACACCACUAACCGAAACAAAGACAUAUUGUAUCGCGGUCUCAUAAUGCACUCUAAUCCUGGUCUUCGGCCUCUCUCUUACGCCACCUUUUGAUGGUAGUCAAGUUAACCUCGCGACUUAAAUGCAUUUUACUAUUAUUAUUUUACUAUGGUAGUGUUAAGUCAAUGAAUAAAUGAGCUCGAAUCAAUUUACAAUUUUAAAUGUGGAUUAGGAAUGUAAGGUAUACUCAAGCUAUGCUGUGUCCCAUGACUUUAACAUCCUAAUGAACAUUAACUGUAGUUUCCAAGUUAUCUGAGCACCGUUAAUAAAUGUUUAAAAUAUUAAAUAACAUAUUUCACUCCACAAAAAUCAACUUUAAUUACAUCUAUCCAAGACAAGCCGGGAAGCAGUAUAGCUUGAACAUGCCUUAAAGCUGCUAAAUGUAAGGGAGGUGGACACAAAGCCUGUCAGGGAAGACUCGAGUCGGUUACGUGCCAGCCUCGCAGUAACUUUUGCAACCUAGUCAUUCACUUCGACAAGUGGGCCGGUAAGGCCCGGUGUGUAUUUCGUAUUGUAGUGCAUGCAGUAAACUUGUUAAGUGUUCGUAGCGUCUAAGGAUUUAAAGGGAGGCAAGUCUUAAAUUUCGAGAUUGGUAAAAAAUGUACCUGUUUUCAGUGGUUCUUUUGUUAAUUUUUGACUAUUUAUAACUUAAUACAUGAUUGUCUUAGCAUCUAUUUUUGUGUAUUUUUUUCCCUUUUUCAUACAAGCUUAGCGUUUAUGGUUGGAUGAUAAAUCAGUGACAAAACAAGUAUUUAAAAAAUUAUAUGUA